UUUCAUUUAGAGUUUUGGAGGCCAGCAUCGCGGAGAACAAGGCCAGUCUGAAGCGGACCCACACAGAAGUGUGGAGCGACUCCCCCAACCCCCAUGACAGGAAGAGGAUAGACACCUGCCCCGUGGGGCUGAAGAAUGUUGGCAAUACCUGUUGGUUCAGUGCUGUCAUACAGUCCCUGUUCAACCUGCUGGAGUUCCAGAGGCUGGUGCUCAACUACUCACCGCCAGCCCGAGUGCACGACCCGCCUCACACCCAGAAGGAACACAGGAACCUGCCCUUCAUGCGGGAGCUGAGGAACCUCUUCUCCCUCAUGGUGGGCUCCAAGAGGAAAUACGUGGAUCCGUCACGCGCUGUGGAAAUCCUCAAAGACGCCUUCAAGUCCAGCGAGUCGCAGCAGCAGGAUGUGAGCGAGUUCACCCACAAGCUGCUGGACUGGCUGGAGGACGCCUUCCAGAUGAAGGCUGAGGAGGACAGAGAGGGGGAGAAGCCAAAGAACCCCAUGGUGGAGCUCUUCUACGGCCGCUUCCUCGCCGUGGGCGUCCUGGAAGGUAAAAAGUUUGAGAACACAGAGAUGUUCGGCCAGUACCCGCUGCAGGUGAAUGGCUUCAAGGAUCUGCAUGAAUGUCUGGAGGCAGCGAUGAUUGAGGGCGAGAUCGAGUCCCUGCACUCGGCGGAGAACUCUGCCAGGUCUGGACAAGAGCACUGGUUCACUGAACUCCCUCCUGUGUUGACCUUUGAACUAUCAAGAUUUGAGUUUAACCAAGCCCUGGGCCGGCCGGAGAAGAUCCACAACAAGCUGGAGUUCCCCUCCAUGCUCUACAUGGACAGGUACAUGGACAGGAACAGGGAAGUAACCAGGAUCAAGAGGGAGGAGAUCAGGAGGGUGAAAGAGCAUCUGACUCUGCUUCAACAGCGACUGGAGAGGUAUCUUAGUUACGGCUCCGGCCCCAAGAGGUUCCCUCUGGCAGAUGUUCUCCAGUACGCCAUGGAGUUUGCCUCCAGUAAACCAGUGUGCACCUCCCCAGUGGAAGACAUUGACUCGUCAGCGCCCCCUGGUGGCACAAAAGGACAACAGCUGUCCCUGCCGAGCACAGCCGAGCAGGACCCCUUGCCUCCCUUAGAGAGCGCAGGCCCGGCCUCAGCUUCCACUGCAGCCCAGCAGCAGAGAGUAGCCAUCCACAAGCCCUUCACCCAGUCCCGGCUCCCCCCAGACCUCCCCAUGCACCCCGCCCCGCGCCACAUUACCGAUGAAGAGCUGAGGGUGCUCGAGGUCUGCCUCCACCGCUGGAGGAGUGAAGUGGAAAACGACACUCGUGAUCUGCAGGGCAGUAUAAACAGAAUCCACAGAACCAUUGAGCUCAUGUACUCUGACAAAUCCAUGAUGCAGGUUCCAUACCGACUUCAUGCAGUGCUCGUCCACGAAGGCCAGGCCAAUGCAGGCCACUACUGGGCUUACAUCUACGACCCACAUCAGCGUUGCUGGAUGAAGUACAACGACAUCUCUGUCACCAAGUCCUCCUGGGAGGAGCUGGUCCGGGACUCGUUUGGAGGCUACCGCAACGCCAGUGCCUACUGCCUCAUGUACAUCAACGACAAGAAGCCCUUUCUCAUAGAAGAGGAAUUUGAUAAAGAAACAGGACAGAUACUCAGUGGCAUAGACAAACUGCCUCCCGACCUGAAGCAGUACGUGAGGGAGGACAACGAGCUGUUCGACAAGGAGGUCGAGGAGUGGGACUCCCUGCAGGUUCGCAAGGCUCAGCAGGAGAAGCUGGUCCUGGCAGCCGCAGCUGCCGCAGCAGCAUCCAGCAUCUCCACCUCCUCCUCUUCCCCUCAGCCCAUGAGUGUUGAGUCCAGCCCUCCAGACAACACAGUAGCCCAGCAGGAGCCCGAGUACAUGGAGCAGCCGUCCCCCACCAACGACUCCAAACACCUGCAGGAGGACACGGAGAGGGCCAUCUCCAGGGCUGCUGCGGAGCAGGAGGAGAGGAGCCCCGAGGCGCUGUUAACCGCUUCUCCUCCCCCUCCCGAGGUCCAGGCCGCCCCCCCUCCCUCUGACCCGGUCACGGAGGACGAGUCCCCUGGCCAGCGUACGGUCGAGGUGGCCAUUCCCAACGUGGGGACCUUUGUCAUUGAGUCCGAAGAGGGGGGGUACGACGACGAGGCGAUGAUGACCCCCAACAUGCAGGGUGUAAUUAUGGCCAUUGGCAAAUCCAGCAGCGUGUAUGAAAAGAACGGGCCUGAGACCGCCUUCUUUAAGGCCAUAAAGCUGGAGUACGCUCGUCUGCUGAGGUUUGCCCAAGAGGACACGCCCCCUGAGAAGGACUACCGACUGCAGCACAUCGUCGUUUAUUUCAUCCAGAACCAGGCGCCCAAGAAGAUUCUGGAGAGGACUCUGCUCACUCAAUUUGCUGACCGGAACCUGGCCUUCGAUGAGCGAUGUAAGAGCAUUAUGAAUGUGGCACGUGCCAAACUGGACCUAAUCAAACCCGAGGAGGUCAACAUGGAUGAAUACGAGAUGUGGCAUCAGGCUUACCGGAAUUUCCGCGAUACAACAAUCUUCAUGAUGACUGGCUUGGAUCUCUUCCAGAAGACCAAUUACAUGGAGGCUCUGAUGUUUCUCAUCUACUCGUACCAGUACAACAAGGAGCUACUGUCCAAAGGGCGCUACAGAGGGCACGACGAGGAGCUGCUCGGCCAUUACCGCCGACAGUGUUUGCUGAAAUUGAACGAGCAAGCGGCGGCCAUGUUUGAGUCGGGGGAGGAGCCGGAGGUGAGCACGGGUCUCGGCCUCAUGAACGAGCUGGUGGUGCCCUGCAUCCCACUUCUGCUGGUCCACGACACCGAGAGAGACCUGCUGGCUGUGGAGGACAUGAGGAACCGCUGGUGCUCCUACCUGGGCCAGGAGAUGGAGCCCAACCUCCAGGAGAAGCUGACCGACUUCCUCCCCAAGUUGCUGGACUGCUCGGCGGAGAUCAAGAGCUUCCACGACCCCCCCAAGCUGCCCAGCUACUCCACGCUGGAGCUGAGCGAGCGCUUCGUCCGCGUCAUGGCCGCCGUGGGCGGGAGAUGAGCGCUGCAGACAGCUGGAACGCUCUUGACCUUCCUUCUAAAUCCAGGGGGCUCUCGCUUCUAGCUGUUACUCCUCUGUUACUCUUUUGCUGCUAUAGAUUUUACCAUUAUCAAUAUGAUUUCACUUUUUAUGUUGGAAGCAAAACGGAACAGAGGAAGGAGGGGCGGACUGUUGGGGAUCGAGGAGCGAGAUGGAAAACACAAAAAACAGUGUCAAUCCUGCAGCGGCUGGAAGCCGAGCACACUGCUUCAGCUUUUUUUCAUUUACAUUUUUUAUUAAGAAAACACGUUUGAGGGUUUUUCAUAGUUUAUUGUUGUUGUUGUUGUUGUUGCCAUUUGAUUCAUGCUCCCCCGACCGCACUCCAAGCCCUUUCUGAAGACCCCCCCCAUCUCCUCGUGCAAACAGAUCACCUGCUGCUGCGCCUCCAGUCUGGUACAGUAUUACCACGUUUAGUUUAUUUUUCUCCUGAGGAAGUGAGGAAGAGCCUUCAGAGUUGAUCGGGCGGCUCAGAGGGUCUCGGUCUCAGAGGGUCUCAGAUGGUCUCGGUCUCAGAGGGUCUCUGUCUCAGAGGGUCUCAGAGGGUCUCAGAGGGUCUCGGUCUCAGAGGGUCUCAGAUGGUCUCUGUCUCAGAGGGUCUCUGUCUCAGAGGGUCUCAGAUGGUCUCUGUCUCAGAUGGUCUCUGUCUCAGAGGGUCUCAGAGGGUCUCAGAUGGUCUCUGUCUCAGAGGGUCUCUGUCUCAGAGGGUCUCAGAUGGUCUCUGUCUCAGAGGGUCUCAGAUGGUCUCUGUCUCAGAGGGUCUCUGUCUCAGAGGGUCUCAGAUGGUCUCUGUCUCAGAGGGUCUCUGUCUCAGAGGGUCUCAGAUGGUCUCUGUCUCAGAGGGUCUCUGUCUCAGAGGGUCUCAGAUGGUCUCUGUCUCAGAGGGUCUCUGUCUCAGAGGGUCUCAUGGACCGCCCACAACGAGAGGUUUUAAGUGCUGUGGUAGACGGCCACAGACUUCCUGUGGCUUGUUAAUAAAUUGAGAGAAUAAAGUUUUAUUUAUGGCCCUUUUAGGCCAAAUAAACAAAUGUUUUGCCUGA